GAGACUUUUUCGUAAUAUGUAUUACGCGGUCUGACAUAAAACGCUGCAGUUUACAUAUUUUUAUUUACGCCUUUAUAUAAGCCGUUUUUCAUACUUUUUAAAUUUGUGUUGGACCAUUAUUUGAUAUAACACAUCUACCUUAACGUUAACUUGGACCUAUUUCCGCGACAAACGUUGACAGGCAGUGCUUAGGCUUCUCCUAAACAUGGCCACCAUGAUGGAGUAAAUGCUUCAACUUUAAAUUUCACAUUUUUAGAAGAAAACUUAUUGCAUUUCUAUCUUCUGACAGCAAUGUUUCAACGGAAGAAACUAUAUCAAACAUCUAAUCCCUAUGAAAUCUUUGGAGAAAGUUUAUUUUUGGAUUUAAUACUGGUUUAAGUUGGCUGGAAGCUGGAAAGGAAAAAGAGAAUUGCAUCAAUUCCAAUGUCAUCAGAGGACAAGAGUCUGGAUCCCUCUGACCGCGCACCCUCUCCUCCCUUCAGCAGCACGGCCGGGGACUCCCCCUCCGACAGCACCUCCCCCGCAGACCGGCGACCCCGUGGUCGUCCUCGUAAGGAUGCCGGCUCCAGCGUGUCCACCCGAGCGCCCGCGCCCAAAAAAAAGGGCCGCAGCCGAGUCAGAGCCCAGGCCGAUGAUGAGGACAGCAUGGACGGGACAGAGAACGCGGGAGUGGAAAACACUCAGGAGAUGGAAGCACAGGAGCAGUUCAUGGAGGUUGAGGAGGAGAUCACGGCCCCUAGUCCUGACCCCAGUCCAUUGCCCAGCCCCAGCGAUGACAGACCCCUUUCCCCCCUCUUCCAGCGCUCUGUGUCGGAGGACUCUGCAGGAUCCUCCGCUUCGGCCUUGGAGCACGCCAAAGUCCGUGAAAAGCUGUGUGCCUUCUGUUACUGCGGCGAGAGGAGUUUCCUGGGGCAGGGCGACCUGAUGGUGUUCGGCCCCACGCCGGGAUACGUGCCGCUGCACAUCCGCAACCGCCGCGGCAGCUCGGAGAAGGACGAUGACUACCACGAAGAUGACUUCCAGGAGGAUGACCAGGACACCAAGAGCCCAGGGCAUCGCGGCGUCGGGAGGGGCCUGAAGAAGGUCAGCUCCCCGGACAGUGGUCUUCACUUGUCCUCGGCACCGGGCAGCACGGAUCCCUUCGGCGAGGAGCCGGCCCGCCGGUUCUCGGAGCUGGGUGAGAUUGGCCUCCCUGAUGACGUCAAUGUCCAGUCCCUGUUCGACCCCACGGGCCAGUGCUGCGCCCACCUGCACUGUGCAGCCUGGUCUGAGGGGGUGUGUCGCGGCGAGGCCCAGGACUCACUGCUCUACGUGGACAAAGCCAUAGACUCAGGGAGCACGGAGAGCUGUGCGUACUGUAAGCGCCUUGGAGCGUCCGUCAAGUGCUUUGAGGAGGGGUGCUGUCGCUCCUAUCAUUUCCCCUGUGCUGCAGCCGCCGGAACUUUCCAGGACAUGCGACAACACGUCCUCUUCUGCCCCGACCACCUUCACCUGGCCUCACAGACGUGUAAAGAGGAGGUGAAGUGCUUGCUCUGUGACAGCGCCGGGGACAUGCAGGACCAGCUCUUCUGUACCACGUGUGGGCAGCACUACCACGGGGCGUGUCUCGACGUGGGCGUCACCCCGCUGAGGCGGGCAGGCUGGCAGUGCCCAGAAUGCAAAGUCUGUCAGACAUGCAGGAACCCCGGGGAGGACAGUAAGAUGCUAGUGUGUGACAUGUGCGAUAAAGGCUAUCACACCUUCUGUCUCCAGCCUGUCAUGGAAUCCAUCCCCACUAACGGUUGGCGAUGCAAGAACUGUCGGGUGUGUUGUCAGUGUGGGACCAGGCAGUCGGGCCCACGGGCCCACAACAUCACGCUGUGUGAAAGUUGCCAGGGGCGCCCGGGGGAGCCCGCCAUCGUCCUGCCUUGCCCGCUGUGUGGGAGAGACCAGGGCCCCGGGGACACCUCCAAAGAUGACCUCCUCACCUGCCGUACCUGCAAGAGGUGGCUUCAUGGCGAGUGUGAGAAGCAGGCAGGUGUUGACCUGAACCUUCUUCCCCUGGCCAACUACGUCUGUACUGCCUGUAAACAGCUUGGGCAGGAUGUGGUGGAAACCCCAACAAGUCCCAUCCAGGAGGUGGUAGAGCCAGAACCAGAUCCAACUAUGGAUGUCUUUAUGGCUGUGGUUGAGGAGGAGGUGUCGCUGGAGGAGGAGGUGUCGCUGGAGGAGGAGGUGUCGCUGGAGGAGGAGGUGUCACUGGAGGAGGAGGGGUGUUCUAGCUCUCAACAAGUACAAGAUGCUUGUCCCAAGUCUCUAGAGCUAGAGGAACAGAGGUGUUAUUUUGCUCAUAUGGAGCAAGAGGGUUAUCCAAGCCUUCAAGUGGAGGAAGGGGCGUGUCCUAGCCCUUGGGUGGAGGAAGGGGCGUGUCCUAGCCCUCUGGUGGAGGAAGGGGCGUGUCCUAGCCCUCUGGUGGAGGAAGGGGCGUGUCCUAGCCCUCUGGUGGAGGAAGGGGCGUGUCCUAGCCCCCGGGUUGAAGAAAGGGCACAUCCUGGACAUCAGGUGGAAGAGGGAGGAUUUCCUAGCCUGCAGGUUGAUGGAUUGUGUCGAAGUCCUCCAGGGGAACAGGCCUGUCGGAGCCCUGGGCGGGAGGAAGAGGCAUGUCGGAGCCCUGGUCUGGAGGAUGAGGCGUGUCGGAGCCCUGGUCGGGAAAAAGAGGCGUGUCGGAGCCCUGGUCGGGAGGAAGAGGCGUGUCGGAGCCCUGGUCGGGAGGAAGAGGCGUGUCGGAGCCCUGGUCGGGAGGAAGAGGCGUGUCGGAGCCCUGGUCGGGGAAAAGGGGUGUGUCGGAGCCCUGGUUGGGAAAAAGAGGCGUGUCGGAGCCCUGGUUGGGAAAAAGAGGCGUGUCGGAGCCCUGGUCGGGAAAAAGAGGCGUGUCGGAGCCCUGGUCGGGAAAAAGAGGCGUGUCGGAGCCCUGGUCGGGAGGAUGAGGCGUGUCGGAGCCCUGGUCGGGAGGAUGAGGCGUGUCGGAGCCCUGGUCGGGAGGAUGAGGCGUGUCGGAGCCCUGGUCGGGAGGAUGAGGCGUGUCGGAGCCCUGGUCGGGAGGAUGAGGCGUGUCGGAGCCCUGGUCGGGAAGAAGAGGCGUGUCGGAGCCCUGGUCGGGAAGAAGAGGCGUGUCGGAGCCCUGGUCGGGAAGAAGAGGCGUGUCGGAGCCCUGGUCGGGAAGAAGAGGCGUGUCGGAGCCCUGGUCGGGAAGAAGAGGCGUGUCGGAGCCCUGGUCGGGAAGAAGAGGCGUGUCGGAGCCCUGGUCGGGAGGGGGAGGCGUGUCGGAGCCCUGGUCGGGAGGGGGAGGCGUGUCGGAGCCCUGGGCUGAAGGGGGAGGCGUGUCGGAGCCCUGGUCGGGAGGGGGAGGCGUGUCGGAGCCCUGGGCUGAAGGGGGAGGCGUGUCGGAGCCCUGGGAUGGACGGGGAGGCGUGUCAGAGCCCUGGUCUGGAGGGAGAGGUGUCUCCUGGCCCUGGUAAGGAGGAGGAGAUGCCACCGUGUCCAGGUCCUCUGCGGGAGGAGGAGGCACCGUGUGCAGGUCCUCUGCGGGAGGAGGAGGAGACUGUGUGCCCUGGCCCGCAGCUUGAGGAGGAGGAGACUGUGUGCCCUGGCCCGCAGCUUGAGGAGGAGGAGGAGGCGGUGUGCCCUGGCCCACGGCUUGAGGAUCAGGAGGCGGUGUGCCCUGGCCCACGGCUUGAGGAAGGGGCGUGCCCUGGCCCGCGGCUUGAGGAAGGGGCGUGCCCUGGCCCGCGGCUUGAGGAAGGGGCGUGCCCUGGCCCGCGGCUUGAGGAAGGGGCGUGCCCUGGCCCGCGGCUUGAGGAAGGGGCGUGCCCUGGCCCUCGGCUUGAGGAAGAGGAGCCCAAAGACACUCAGUCAGUUGCUGAACCAGCACAAGAAAUCCAGGUGACAGUUACCCUGACUGAGUCUCCCCCGAGGUCUGGAACUCUGACAGGAGUAUCGCUGCUCACCUCCCAGAGUCCUGCUUCACCCGAGAAUGGCCACCAACAGGAACUGGAAAUAUCAAAUUCUUUACAAACCGGGAAAGAGGAGGUGCCCGAUGAAGCAUUGUCUGUCAAUGUAGGGGACAAGGAGACCAAGUUGGAGGAAUCCAAAACCACUUCAGCCAUGUCUACCAAAGAAAUAUUCAGCGGUUCUUUGGCGGAGAAAACUCAGGAGGUUCCUGUGGAGAAAGAGGAGCCCAUGGAAGUUACAGCUGUGGAAACGGUGCCUUCAGAAUCGGAACAGGCUUCAGUGCAGACCAGUGUUGAGGAGAAUGUUCUGGAACCCAUGCAGGAAGGGCAUGAUGCAGUGGCGGAAAAGGAUGUUGAGAAGUUGCUUUACGAGUUACAGGAUAAGGAGGGAAAGGAGUUAGCUCUAACUAUUUUGGAAGAUGGUGAGGAUUUGGCUCAAAUCGUUUUGGAGGAAGGGGAGGUAUUGCCUUCAAAUUCAUUGUCUGCUAUGGAGAAUACAGUCCAUAUGGAGCUUGGUUCCAUGGCUGGACCUCCUGGACUGGAGGCCACUGUGGAGAUGGAUACCACACCCGCUAGCGAUCAGAGCUUCUUGGGCUUUGGUUUGCCGAGGGGAGAGGACAUAGCCACGAAAACCUCCCCUGGAAUGUCUCCCGAGCUCGCAGUCAUGCUGAACCAGUCCCCCUUCUCUACAGAGGCAUCCCCCAAGGAAGCCAGCCCACCCAGGGUUAAGGUACAAAUCCAGGCCCAGUCUCAUUCUGGAUACAGUGCUAAUGUGCCUCCCAUCACCACAACCUUUAUUCCCCUCACACCCAAGAUUGGCAUGGGGAAACCUGCCAUCUCCAAGAGGAAGUUCUCCCCUGGGAGGCCACGGGUAAAGCAGGGAGCAUGGAGUAACCGUAGGGCAGCGAGCCCCCCUUCUUGGUCCCAGCAGGACCCAUCAGAGGGUGGGUGGGACAGCCCAAAAACCAGGCACUUGCAGGAGGCACCCGUCUGGAGCAUGAGAGUGGGUCGUGGUUCAGGGUUCCUUGGACGGCGGAGACCCCGGGGGACCAACCUGUCUGGGCGGGGGGGCCGGGGACGCUCCAGAGGACUCAAGGCCGACAACAGCCUCGCCGCGACCCCUGGGGCCAGCUUUGUGGAGCAGCCGUACGUGGUGAAGGAGGAAGAGGAGAAUGCCAUGCACACCACCGUGGUGAUGUUCUCCACCUCAGACCACUUCACUCUCAGACAGGACAUGUGUGUGGUGUGUGGGAGUUUUGGCCAGGGGGCUGAGGGCAGGUUGCUGGCCUGUUCCCAGUGUGGUCAGUGUUACCACCCGUUCUGUGUCAACAUCAAGAUCACCCGGGUGGUGCUGAGUAAAGGCUGGCGCUGUCUGGAGUGCACGGUGUGUGAGGCGUGUGGCCAGGCCAGCGACCCCGGACGGCUGCUGCUGUGCGACGACUGUGACAUCAGCUACCACACCUACUGCCUGGACCCGCCCCUGCAAACGGUGCCCAAGGGCAGCUGGAAGUGCAAGUGGUGUGUGUCCUGUACCCAGUGUGGUGCCACCUCGCCAGGCCUGAGGUGCGACUGGCAGAACAACUACACCCAGUGCGGCCCCUGCGCCAGCCUGGCAUCGUGCCCGACGUGCGCGCGCAGCUACCGCGAGGAAGAGCUCAUCGUGCAGUGCCGGCAGUGUGACAGGUGGAUCCACGCCUGCUGCCAGGGCCUCAACACCGACGAGGAGGUGGAGAAUGCAGUGGACGACGGCUUUGACUGCACCAUGUGUCGAAUGCACACUCUGCCUUCGCAAGGCAAAGUGGAAGCUCUCCAAGUUGAUGUCUACGAGGCUCCGAUGGCACCUAAUAUAAUGACUAGAACGAGAGAACCAGACAUCCAGAAGACCUACACUCAGGAUGGGGUCUGUCUGACAGAAUCUGGCCGGUGCCAGCUUCAGAGCCUGGUGGUGCCCUCCUCUUCGACCCGCCGAGGCCAGAGCAGGAGGCCCAAACCCAAACUCAAGCUGAAGAUCAUCAACCAGAACAGUGUGGCCGUGCUCCAGACCCCACUGGACACAAACUAUUCGGAGCUGUCCAGGGACGGAGACCCAUACCUGGAUGACUGCCGGGACGGGGACCUCCUAGUGGACUGUCAUGCCAAGUCCGACUCGAGCCCCGAGCGGGAGCCUGCUGAUGAUAAGGGGAUCGAGGGCACCGAUGGAAACAAGAAAAGGAAAAGGAAGCCGUACAGGCCCGGUAUCGGAGGCUUUAUGGUCCGACAGAGAAGCAGAACCGGACAGGGCAAAGCCAAACGAUCUCUAUCACGUAAAGACUCGACAGGGUCCUUAGCUGAGAACUCAAUGUGCAAAGACGAAGGGUGGAAUGAGUCCGAGGGCGUGUUGGCAGAGGAGACCCCCCCAGUUCCUGAAAGUCUGGAGAAAGUCAAGAAAAGAUACAGGAAAAAGAAAACCAAACUGGAAGAAGAGUUCCCGUCAUACCUGCAGGAGGCCUUCUUUGGGAAGGAGCUGCUGGACAAGUGCAGGCGGGCUGGCAUAGUGUCUCCGGGUCUCAGUGAGGAGAACCCAGGGGCCAGUUCAGAGACCAAACCCUCCCGAGUCAACACCAGCUUCCUGGACCCAUCGUCAGAUCCGUUGCUCAGCGCUACUGCUACCAACACGCCCAAAACUGGAGGACUGCCCAAUUCCGAGGAUCCUUUAGUAGACCUUUCGGAAGUCCUGAGCACGGAUGCCGAUCUCCUGGGAAUGCUGUCAGAUGAGCUGAAGCCGGGGCAUGACUCAGGUUUUGAUUUAUGCCCAUUCCAGGUGGACAGUUCUCCCUCUCCGUUCGCUGCUCUGGACAUGGGCCCCAUCCAUAAUGACUCCACGGGGCCCUCUCAGGGCUUGGCGUGCCGGGGGCCCCGGGCUCUGCAGGAGGAACCUCUUGACGUCAUCCUGAGCCCGGAACUGGACAAGAUGGUCUCAGAUGGCGCAAUUCUCAGUAAGCUCUACAAAAUCCCAGAGCUGGAGGGGAAGGAUGUGGAGGACCUCUUUACAGCAGUUCUGAGUCCCAGUCAGCCUCCACAGCUACCUCACCCCCAAAUGGCUCAUCCUGGACCCAAUGGACCUGGAACCAUGACCCAUACAAACUCUGGCAACGGUCGGAUGUUCCCUCGCAUGCCAAUGAUGAAUGGCGUCAUGGGGCCCAACCCCCACUUUGUUCUAACUCCAGUAAUUCCCGGCGGCUCAGGCCCCUGUGGCCCGGGCAACUUCUCGCCCAUCCACAGAAUGCCAUUCCCAGAGAAUAUGAGGGACAAGAAGUUUAGACAAAUGGGGGGUGAUGUAGUAGGCCCGUGGAGUGCCCCCAGCUCUGCUCCUGGCUCCGCCCCCGGCCCUGUCCCUCCUGCAGAGGGCGAGACGGACACGAUGUCCAACGCCCAGAGGAGCACGCUGAAGUGGGAAAAGGAGGAGACUCUAGGGGAGAUGGCUACUGUGGCUCCGGUCCUUUACACCAACAUCAAUUUCCCUCACCUUCUAGAAGAGUUCCCAGACUGGGCUACAAGAGUGAAACAAAUUGCCAAAUUAUGGAGGAAAGCCAGUUCCCAAGACAGGGCCCCAUAUGUGCAAAAGGCGCGCGAUAACCGGGCCGCGCUGCGUAUUAACAAAGUUCAGAUGUCCAACGACACGCUGAAGAGGCACCAGAAUGCGCAGCAGCAGCAGCAGCCCCCGUUCACUGACCCGUUUGACCCCAACAGUGUCCCUGUGGACGCUGAGCUGCUCUUCAAAGACCCACUCAAGCCUAAGGAAUCUGAGCACGAACAGGAGUGGAAGCUAAGACAGGGAGAGUUAAAUCAGAUGUGGGGACCCCUUAAGAAGCAGCAGGAAAAGGUCCCAAAAAGCAAAGCCAUAAAAUCAACAAAUAAAGACGUCCUUUUUGGACAUUCCAACCAGGCAACUAUAGCUGCAGGAGGUGGAAAAAUUUCUCUGCAAAUGAGACAAAAGAGCAAGCAGCAGGCGAAGAUUGAAGCCACUCAAAAGCUGGAGCAGGUUAAAAAUGAGCAGCAACAGCUCCAGCAGCAACAGCAGCAGCAGCAACAACAACAACAACAACAGAUGUUUAGCAGUCAGUCAGGUGGGGAUGGAACACCUAAUAGUGGCAACCAGAGCCCCAUGACGCCUCAACCCAGCAAUGGUGGAAAGUCUGGUAACUCCUCCCCUCUUCAGCCAAUUGCGUCUAAGGAUGGGUUCACUAGAACCCAACUCCCAGGUACACCCACAUCGGGGUCACAGGAUGACGUCUUCCUCAGACCCCAGCUUCCGCCUCCGUCCUCAACGUCCCGGACGCCCACCCAGGAAACCUCAUACCCCCAGCAGGGGCCGUCAUCUCAGCCCCAAUCCCCACAGAUGUUCUCUCCGGGUUCGUCCUCAGGCUCCCGCCCGUCUUCGCCUUGGGACCCCUAUGCCAAAGUAGUGGGCACCCCAAGACCACCCCCUGGGGGUGGCGCGUCCACCACACCCCGGCGUAACUCUCUGUCCGAGAUGCAGGAAAGGGCAGGAAGGCCUUCUCCAGUUCACGAGUCCUUUGGCUCACCAACGUCUGGUAAUGCUGACCCUUAUUCAAAAAUGCCAGACACGCCUAGGCCUCCCGACCCCUUUGUCAAACCCAUGGGAGCUGCCAGGGUUGGCCAUUCAGGAUUAGUGGAGCAGCAGCAGCAGGUCAGGCACAUGAUGAGCCCACCUUCUGGAGGAGAGGCUUUUGCCAGAAUGGGGGGCCAACGAGCUGAGGUCUACCAGCGCAUGUCUAACAACCGAAUGAUCCUAUCUGACCCUUACACUAGGCCCUUGCUCACACCCAUACCCGGCAGCAAUGAGUCGGGCUCUGUGCCGAUGUUCAAAGCGCCCAUGCCUCCCCAGCAAUCCCAGCAAGAGUCCUACGGUAGCCCUCUGCCUGGGGGACUGAGACGAGGACCCUCUGAUGGCUUUUCCCAUGGACCACAGGCUGAUCCCUAUGCCCAGCAGCCUCUCACUCCACGACUGCCUACGCGGGAAGGGUUUCCCAAUGAGCCCAGGAUGACUCGCCAAGCCCCAGAGGGACACUUCUCUCAACCCAUGCCAAUGAUGAGACAUCCUCAUAGGAACAUGUACCCCCAAGCACUAACUGCAGUGAGACCAGAUUACUCUCAGUCAGUGCCCGAUUCUUAUGCACAACCACCAGGCACCCCAAGGCCUCACUCUGAAAGCUAUGCUCAACCUCCUGGUACCCCAAGACCUCACUCAGAUCCCUCCUACCUGCAGACCCCACCUAGCCUUCGUCUAGACCAGUUUUCCCAGCAGCAGCACUCAGCCAAUCGCAGACAUUCUCCUUCUCAUGCCAUAGAUCCAUAUGCCUCCAUGCCAGGUACCCCCAGACCAGCCCAAGGGGAUAGAUUUCCCAAAUCCCCCAGUAGUCAAAGAAACAUGGACCCCUAUGCCCAACAACCCGGUACCCCUCGGCCUUCUAAUGCUGAUGUGUAUGCACAGCCGUCUGGAACCUCAAGAUCGCUCCUAACAGACCCUUAUGCCCAAGCUCCAGCAACGCCGAAGCCAGGAGUAGGCCUGGAUGCCUUCAGUCGGCCAGGUUCCAGAUCAACUCCCAUGUCCCAACUCCCAGCUGACACCUUCUCACACCAGUCACCCGGCAGGAUGCAGGACACGUUUGUUCGUCCAAGUGCACCUGGCUCUCAGACACCUAAGCACACAGGGGUGGCAGAUGAAGGUUUCUCAGUCCCCCAUUCCAAUCAAGGUGGCCAGACACCGAUUCAUGACCCUUUUGAACACGAUCCAAUGACACCUUGUUCCCAAAAUGCAGACCGGCCAGCUCAUGACAUUUCCCAGUCGAGCAGCAACGCUGUUGACGCUCAGAACAGCAUGCAGCCACAGCUGGGAGAUACUGAGGAGAAGCUCAGACAGCGCCAGAGGCUCCGUCAGCUGAUCCUGAGGCAGCAGGAACAGAAGAGUGCCAUCCGGCAAGAUAAAGGAUUACUGCAAGAAGCUGGUGCAACCCCCGGGCCUGGGACACCACGUCACUGGUCACAAGAAGAUCCCAACCCACAGGGUGAUAUGUUUGGUAGACCGCCACCCCCUUACCCAGGGCCUAUGAGAGGUGCUCCCCAUGUUUCCGUCGGUCAGAGUUUUCCUGGUACCUUCCUUGGGGACCAGCAAGGACCCUUCCCCAGCGAGGGCCAGUUUGCCAGGCCCCCCUUCCCUAGGGACAUGGGCAUGAGGCCCCAAGGAAUGAGGUUUGGAUUUCCCCCCGGCGUUCAAGGACCCAGUCAACCAGGCCAUGAGCAACACUUCCUAAGAACCCCUCACCAGAUGCCUGGCGGGCAAAUGGUGGACAAUGUCCCAUCCCACAUGAGAAGGUCCCUCUCUGUAGAUUUUUCUAGGGGGGGAAUGGCUGGGAAUCCCGAGAUGGGACUUCCUCAGCACUUUCCUCCACGGGGCCCUCCUGUCCAGCAGCAUAAUAUCAUGGGUCAGCCGUUCAUUGAGCUCCGUCACAGGACCCCUGAGAAUAGGAUAAGGAUGCCCUUUGGUCAUGGACCUCCCAACAUCAUGGACCCUUCCAACCAGCCCCAGAGGCCAACUGAGGGCUUAAUGGGAGGCCAGGAGAUGGGCUUUGGCGGGAACCAGGGACCCAGGAGGAUGGACCCCAUGAUGGCCAGACCUUCCCAGGGUUCAGUUGCCCAUAUGCAGAUGACUACUAACAUGGAAAACAUGCACCAGCAACACACUGAAGUGGCGAUGACGACAGUGCAGCAACAGCAUUCGCCACUGAAUAGUUCCCUCAGCCAUCCAGUCACAAGUGAGUCACUAAGUGUAGUGCCCUCAGGUAUACUGUUGUCUGGGUCUAGCACCAGUCAAACAGAGGAGACUCAGAUACAGAGUGGAGAUGGAAUCGAAGAAAAUCUGGAUACUGAUGACUCUGCGGUUAAGGACCUUGAAGAUGUGGAGGUCAAAGACCUGGUUGACCUGAAUUUGAACCUGGACCCUGAUGAUGAUGACUUCCUCAUGUCUGGGAAGUUUGACCUGAUUGCCUACACGGACCCGGAGCUCAACCUGGACGACAAGAAAGACAUGUUCAGUGAGGAGGAUCUCGAACUGGGCGACCCCAUGGAGGAUCAUCAACAGGGUGAAAGCUCAGACCUCCAGAAAACCUUUUCGGAGAAGAGGAACACUGGUGGGAAUGACGAGGCUACCUCUUCCCGAACUGAGGGGAAAUCGGACAAUGUUCAGACUCAAGGCCAAAUCAAACGGGAGGCCAAGGAAUUCAAAGACACCGUAGACAUAUUCAAAUCCGAGGGGGCGAUAAAAACUGAGGUAAUUGAGAGGCAAAUGCUAAACCACGAUCAGUCUCUCUGCAGUGGCUCAAUGAAUGACAGAAGAACCAUUACUAGCCAAGAGGCAGAGGGGCUGUAUGAGCAGCCUGGACAGACUGGGUCCGCUCCGGUCCUCUCCAGCCUUCUGAUCAAAGAGAAACUGGAAGACACUGGGUUCCACUCAAAUGGCUCUCCUCACCAAGGGGACAUGGCAGCCCAGGCCACCAGGCUACACCAAAACCCUGGCAUGCCAAUGCUACCUGGGCAACAUGCCCAAGAUAACAACAGGCUCAAUCCCAGGGUGGCUAUGGGACAUAGGGUGAACCCUACUGUAGUUCAGAGCGGACCUUCAAUGGGAAACCAAAACCUCAUCCCAGGGGGCAACCACAACUUUGGAGCCUCACCCAAACAGCAGGUGGAGCUUAAUCUAACCAUGGUGGGAGCCGGUCAGCAGCCUAACACUCACGGCCUGAACGCCCAAGGCCCACAGGGCAUGUUCCCCCAGCAGCAGGGCGCCUCACUGGGGCCGACUGGCCAACAGAACAGGCCUCUGCUGCUGGACGAGCAGCCCCUCCUUCUGCAAGACCUGCUAGACCAGGAGAGGCAGGAACAGCAGCAGCAGAGACAGAUGCAGGCCAUGAUCCGACAGCGCUCCAGCGACUCCUUUUUCCCUAACAUAGCUGACUUUGAUGCCAUUACAGACCCGAUAGUGAAGGCAAAAAUGGUAGCCCUGAAGGGAAUCAAUAAAGUCAUGGCUCAGAACAGCAUGGGAAUGCCCCCAAUAGUCAUGAACAGACUUCAGCAGGUGCCAGGAGUCCAUGGGCCAGGUGCUUCUGCUGCUCUGCCUCCACAUGUGCUUGGACAGGACGGGAAGUUGGCUCCACAGAUGACAAGACCCAACCCCCCGAAUUUUGGACCUGGAUUUGUCAACGAUAGCCAGAGGAAGCAAUAUGAGGAGUGGCUCCAGGAGACCCAGCAGCUCCUUCAGAUACAACAGAAGUUUCUGGAAGACCAGAUCGCGGCCCACAGGAAGUCUAAGAAAGCCCUGUCGGCCAAACAACGGACAGCUAAGAAGGCGGGUCGUGAGUUCCCAGAGGAGGACGCUGAGCAGCUGAAGCAUGUGACCGAGCAGCAGAGUAUGGUGCAGAAACAGCUUGAGCAGAUUCGGAAACAGCAGAAAGACCAUGCAGAACUGAUAGAGGAGUACCGUGUCAAACAGCAGCAGCGAAGUCUCCAGGCUCCGAUGAUGCCGGGGAUUCCCCCUCAAGCCGCUUCGAUGAUGCCAGGGGCACCCCCGUUAGGCCAACCCCCGAUAAGGCCCAUGAUGCCGAUGCAGCCACACCCCAACCAGGCUAACUCUGCCACCAUGCCCAACAUACCAGGAUGGCACCCCAGUGGGGCCGCGGGACCCAUGAGAGUCCCGGGCCCAAGAAUUCCAGCUCACAUGGCCCCACAGAUCCCCCCUGCUGGCCCGGCCCACCUGCUGCCGCCCCAGUUACCUCCGCAGACCCAACUACCGCCACAACCUCAUCCGCCACCCUCAGCCGUGCCCGUGGCCAAAGCUACGCCCGCGGGCAAUGGCACGGGAGCGGGCGGGGAUGGCGGUGGCAACAGCCUCGCUGUGCAAUUUGAUGACAACAACCCGUUCAGCGAGGGCUUCCAGGAACGCGAGAGGCGGGAUCGCUUGAGGGAGCAGCAGGAGAGACAGCGGGUCCAGUUAAUGCAGGAGGUGGAGAGGCACCGGGCCAUGCAGCAGCGGCUGGAGAUGGAACAGCAAGGCCUGGGUCUGGGGUCCGCAGGGCUGCCACCUGGCUCCUCCGGAGCUAACCCCGGUGGGGAUGGCCUGCCCCAGAUGCCCUUCUACAACACUGAUCUGCCCCAAGACUUCAUGCAGCCCUCAAGGCCCCAACAACAUCCCCAACAGCAACAAGCAGCACCGCAACAGGGACAGCUUGGGCCAAUGUACCCCCAGCAAGGCAACAUGCAGCCAGGGUUUGCUGGCGGGCCUCCCCCAGGUCAGGCCUUCAUGCCGGGCGGCGAGCGCAGGGUCAUGUCUAGGAACGGGGCCUUUGGUGGCCCUGAGAUGGGUCCCAGUUUCCGUCCCAAAAACCCCAUGUUGCAGGGGAUCAACUUCCCUCCGGGACAGUCCCGGCCCACAGGGUUUGGAGGCCCAGGGAUGUUGUCCCAGGGUGGGGUUGAGGGGCCACAGGGGUCCCCGUUUGGAAGUGACUCAUCCACUCCCCUGCCUCCCAACUACCCCGGCUCAGGCCAGUCCCUGAUCCAGCUUUACUCCAACAUCAUCCCAGAGGAGAAGGGAAAGAAGAAGAGGAACAGGAAGAAGAGAGACUCUGUCGAUGAUGCCGACUCUGUUAAGGCGCCGUCCACGCCCCAUUCGGAUGUCUGCACCCCACUGACACCGUCCCGCGUAUCUGAUACCUCCUCCACCCCCACCCGGAGCCUCUGCAUUCCCGGGGAGCAAGACUUGUCAGACCUCUUCCUCCCUGUGGGCUCAUCUAGUUUAGCUCCCUCUUCGGAACUGGAGAGGCAGCUGUCAGGCAACGGCUCAUCCCAGGUCGGGCCCGCCGGCGUCGGAGAGAACGACCGAGCGCCCCUGUUUGAUGAAACCCUCCAGAUCAAGCUGGAGAGGAUUGAGACAGAGUGUCGGGUUGCAGAGGGUGCCAACGACGCCUCCGCCUUGGGGCACGGUCCGCGAUCUGGGGGGGUUGUGAAGGUGGAGCAGGGAAGCGACGGGGGGCUCUCUUCGCCCCUACACGGAGCCAGAGGUGGUGAUGCUGGGAACGAGCUGCUUAAACACCUGCUGAAGAACAAGAGUACACCCCCGCAGGGCACCAAUGGCAACCAGACCCCUCCCACACAGCAGAUGUCCUGCGACAGCCUGCGGUCAGAGGAGGAGGCCAAUGCCAGGCCAGGUUCCAUGGCCUUCAACCUGACUCCCCCACGCAGUCAGCUGACAGGAAGCACAGAGCACCAAGAACCGUUGCUGCCCGAGCAGGGCAAGAGGAAGCCGCAACGCAACAAGCGGACGCCCAAAAAUGGGACGGAGAAGCUGCCGUCACGUUACAAGAGGAGGAAGAAAGAGGAAGAGGAGAGGCCGAUUAGCUAUUCCAGUACUGACACUCUGAUGACACAGCUCAAACAGCAGCUCUCCCUGCUGCCUCUUAUGGAGCCCCUAAUGGGGGUCAACUUUGCCCACUUCCCCCCCUACGGCAGUGGGCAGCUCAACGGGGACAGCAGGCUGUCGGGCUCUUUUGGCAGUGCAUCGCUGGAUGGCGUAUCGGACUAUUACUCUCAGCUCAUCUACAAGCAGAACAACUUGAGCAACCCACCCACCCCUCCAGCAUCACUCCCCCCCACACCGCCCCCUGUGGUGAGGCAGAAGAUCAUCAAUGGGUUUGCCACGGCCGAGGAGCUCGCCAGGAAAGCCGCUGUCUUGGAAAGCCAUGACGUGAUGAAAGGUCUGGGACCAAAGCAGCUGCCUACAGCGUUCCGGACCGAGGAAGACCUGUUGGCCCACGCCAUCACACAAGGACCAAAGACAGUGGACGUCCCUGCCUCGCUCCCCACACCGCCCCACAACAACCAGGAAGAGCUCAGGGGCCAGGACCACUGUGUGGACAGGGACACACCCGACAGCUUCAUCCCGUCCUCGUCCCCUGACAGUGUGGUCAGUGUGGAAAUCAGCCGCUACCCCGACCUGUCAAAGGUCAAAGAGGAGCCCCCAUCACCCUGCUCCUCCCCGGUCAUACCCAUGCUGCCUAGCGCCAGGGGGAAAGGGACUGAGAUAAAGCGCGAGGUCAAAAGUGAGCCCUCAAGCUCCUUCUUCGGGUCCCAGUUCGGACAGCCCACCUCCUGCUCCAAGGCCGGCCUGGUGUCCAUAGCCAUCACCUUGAACCCAGUCGCAGCAGAGAAUAUCAAUGGUGUGAUGUCAGCGGUGGCCAACCUGCUGGGCGUGACCAUCCCCGGCCGAUACGAGUUGAGCCGCGGCCCUGAGCGCAGCUCCCUGGCUCUGCUGGCUGGGCUUAAGGUGCCUCAGACCCAGGGCAUGGACCCCCGCCACGCGGCCAUGUUCCCCCAUCACCAGAACCCCGCCUCCAUGAGAUUCCUGAGACCUCCGGGACCGCCCACCCAUCCCGGGACGAGCCAGCAGCCACAGCCUGUCGCCGCCCCCCCAGCUGUCGGUCAGGCUGUGAGAGGAGAUGGGCCCAAACCCCAGUGGUGCAGCCACUGCAAGGUGGUGGUUCUGGGAAAUGGAGUCCACAAGACCACCAAGUGCAGCAAGCGGGACGGACAGAGCCGGACAGAGGGCAGUAUGGUCUUCUGUAGCCACAACUGUUUCGUUCUCCACGCCGCCGCCAAACCACCCAAAGUCACAGACAGUAAGCCAAACGUGUCUCCUGUCUUGUCUGAGUCCUCGGUCCAAGGGUGCCCAUCCAAGGUGCUCCACCAAUACAGCAACAACAUGUCAACACUGGACGUCCACUGCCUGGCCCAGCUUCAACCCAAACAGUCCCCCCCCUCCAGUCCCCCUUCCAUCUCCUUCCCAAUGGAGACGGACAAGGGCGAGGCCAGGCCGGACCCCCUGAGGGUGACUGUGAAGCUCAAGCCAAGGCCCCGGGCGGUCACCUCAGCCAGUGGGGAAGGUGACGACCUGAUGUCCCGUCACCACAAGCGGUGGAAGGGCCUACGCUGGCGCAGAUGGAGCGUGCACGUCAUGGUCCCCACCAGAGGCGCCCUGCUGUCCUCUCUGCCCGGAGAGGAUGAGGUGGACGAGCUGCUGAGGAAGCUGGGCGCCUCCCUGCGUCCCGACCUUCUGACCCGAGACCUGCGGCGGUGCUGCUUUUGCCACGAAGAGGGCGAUGGCGUGACGGACGGGCCCGCACGACUCCUCAAUCUGGACCUGGACUUGUGGGUUCACCUCAACUGUGCCCUGUGGUCAUCGGAGGUCUACGAGACGCAGGCCGGCGCCCUGAUCAACGUGGAGCUGGCGCUCCGGCGCGGCAUGGCAGUGCGCUGUGCCUACUGCCAGCGGACGGGCGCCACCAGUGGCUGUCACCGGCUGCGCUGCACCAACGCCUACCACUUCACGUGUGCUCUGAAGGCCCAGUGCACUUUCUUCAAGGACAAGACCAUGCUGUGCCAUCUGCACCGGCCCCGGGCCGUAGGCGCCGGAGACGGGAGGGCCGGCGAACGGGCAGCGGUGCCCUCCUCGUCCCAUCACGACCACGAGCUGCGCUGCUUCGCCGUGUUCCGCCGCGUCUACGUGCAGCGGGACGAAGCGCGCCAGGUGGCCAGCAUUGUGCAGCGCGGCGAGCGCCGGCACACCUUCCGCGUGGGCAGCCUUGUGUUCCACACUGUAGGUCAGCUGCUGCCCCAACAGAUGUCCGCAUUCCACUCGGCCAACGCCAUCUUCCCUGUGGGCUACCAGGCGUCGCGCAUCUACUGGAGCAUGCGUCAUAGCAACCGCCGUUGCCGCUACCUGUGCCGGGUUGAGGAGAAGGACGGCCGGCCAGAGUUCGUGGUGCGGGUGAUCGAGCAGGGAUGCGAUGACCUGGUUCUCACCGGUGCCUCGCCCAAAGGUGUCUGGGACAAGAUUCUGGAGCCUGUGGCUGAGCGACGCAAUGAGUCUGGUACUCUGAAACUGUUCCCUGUUUACCUGAAGGGAGAGGACCUGUUUGGUUUCACCGCCUCAGCCGUCACCAGGAUCAUGGAAUCCCUCCCUGGAGUGGAAGCCUGUGACCGGUAUACUUUUCGCUACGGACGGAACCCUCUCAUGGAGCUCCCUUUGGCCAUCAAUCCAACUGGCAGUGCGCGCUCGGAGCCCAAGGCCAGCACCCACGUCAAGAGGUUUGUGUUAAGGCCACACACGUUGACCAGCACCAGUGGCUCCUCCUCCAAGUCUAUGCAGAUGCUUGGCAGUGUGGGCCAGAUGGAGGCACCAGAAGAGGUGAUCCCCAAGCAGUUUGCAUCGGUUCCCUUCCAGUACAGACGGAUGAAGGCGGAGUGGAAGAGCAACGUGUACCUGGCUCGCUCCCGCAUUCAGGGGUUAGGUCUGUAUGCCGCUAGGGACAUCGAGUCCCACACCAUGGUGAUCGAGUACAUCGGUACACUCAUUCGCAGCGAGGUUGCCAACCGGAUGGAGAAGAUGUAUGAAUCCCAGAACCGUGGGGUGUACAUGUUCCGCCUGGACAGUGAGCACGUUGUGGACGCCACCAUCACCGGCGGACCAGCCAGAUACAUCAAUCACUCCUGUGCCCCCAACUGCAUCGCAGAGGUUGUGUGCUUGGAAAGAGGCCAUAAGAUCGUCAUCAGUUCCUGCCGCAAUAUCCAGAGAGGGGAGGAGCUGUGCUAUGACUACAAAUUCGACCUGGAGGAUGACCAGCAUAAGAUCCCUUGUCACUGUGGUGCGGUUAACUGCCGGAAAUGGAUGAACUAAUAUCGGGAUGGAUUUGUGGCGAGAGACUGGCAACAACACUUUCAAAUUCCAGGCGCAGCGCACACGUGCAUUCCCUGUUACCUUUUUAUAGGCUCACUGGUUCAUAAGCUGGAAAACUUUGUAUUACUCAAAAAGAGAAAUAACUUAUCAGGGCAAGACUGACCGCAGAACUGUUAGAGAAGACAAAGGAUGGAAGGUGUAUUCAAAGGCACAAAGACAAUUCUUUAUACGAGGCUGUGAGCCAAGUCUUUUACUUGGCAAAACGAGUGCAGGUGGAUUUUUGUUUAUCGAGUGAGAGUAUAGGGUAGUGGGUAAAUGGGUCAGGGAGAUGGGGAUGGGUGUUCUGGGGUUGAAUUCGCCAGUUGACCAGGAGUUUUGUGCUGGCCACCGCCUUAUUUAGUUAUUGAGAGGCAGGUCCUCUGGAUUAAGAAAUAUAUACAUAUAUAUAGUUACGGAAAUGUAGACAGCACUGAACAAGGAAUGUACAGAGAAGACUUCCUUAGGGAUAAAGCUAAGGGAAUAUUGCACAAAAAAUAAAUUGUCAAAUACUUGAUUCCAUGAGUCAGUUUGUUUUUCCUUUUGUUUUUGAUUUAUAUGUCGAAUAAGAAUUUUUGUAUUUAUUAUCAAAUGAAGCUAUUUUAAAAAAUAGCUGCUGCCCAGGUUCAGUCUGAUCAGAACGUGUUACUUUAUACAAAGUGUAAAAUAACAAAAAUUAAGUAAAUAAUUGACCAAAUGAGACCUUAACUUCAUAAUAGAUGAUUCUUGUUUUGUUUUUUUCGACAAAGUAUUUAAGGAUGGCAUUCUAUCAUUGAGAGUUUGUGCUGUAUAAAAUUGUACAGAAUGUGUAAAAAAAAAAAAAAAUCCAGAGUAUUUUUGUUGUAUUUAGAAUGUAGUUGCGCUGUCUCAAUUUCUGACCACUUGAAUACGCUAUUUGUUUCUUUACUUUUCCUUGACAAUUUUGCAUUGAUAACGCGCAAUCAAAUAACUGCAGAGAGCACCAAUCACACUGAGACGAUUGUGACAUCUUAACCUUUAGGUGAUCAGAUGUGAACGUAGACUUAGAGAACUUUAAAUUUAGGUUGGAAACCACACACACUCACUAUUGUUUAACCGCAUGUAUACAAUAGUCUCUGAGAUUCACCUCAUGCUGAUAAUUAACGUUCAGACACAUCGGUGUUUGGAGAGAAAAAAUGCCUUUCACUUAGAAUUUGCAGGAUACUCAGUUGACAUAAAAUAAUGAUUUGUGUUUUGUUUACAUUUCUUUUUAAGAAGAAACAUGCUGUGUAGUGCUGGACAGUUGAAAUAAACAAUAUGGCAUGAUGUGUUGGACUUCUGUUCCCUCCAUGGAAAUCGGAAUCUGGUACUGGCAUUUUGGUGACCAGUUCAAAAUGAAGUUUUCAUUUGUGUGCACAACUUAAGUGGACUGUACAAAAAUUGGUAUAUUCAGUCGCAUUGUAAUAAGCAGUACAUGGCAUGAGGCAUUUUUUUUUAACUUUCAAAAGAAUCAGUUGUAUAUAAUUUUACUUAAUGGUUGUAAUGAAAUUUGUUUCUUGAAUAUUUCCUCUUGUACAAUAUUCAGACCUCUUAACAGUAUUUGUCUCUUUUCUUUGUUCUGUAUAGUAGUAUCUAAUGUUUAAAAAAUGAAGCCUUUUUGAAGUAUACCGAGUGAGAUGGGUUUUGGAGUUUGUGGAAUCAGAUUUAGGAUCAUUUACAAAAUAAAAUAUUUUACAUCUUA